AUGUCCGUUACUGGGCAUUCAGAUGUCGACAUGGAGUCGGCAUCUGCCUUUUCGCCCUCGGAACCAUCGGUCGAUGGAGUAUUUGUGUCGAAGCAUAACCAGAGUGCAGAAAUGUAUCAGAUGUUUAAAGAAGACGUAGACUCGCUGCUAUCAGGUCGAACACCACAACACGAACAGCCUGUAUUAAUUCAGAGGAUUUUACAUACUUGUGAGAAUAUGUAUGUCGUUUUCGAGGACGAGAAACAACACCUAAUGGGUGAUGUUCUACUAUCGUGGGCAAUGAAACAGCAAAAGGUGAGCAUCGGAACACUUUGGACACAACAACUUCAUUACAAACAACUCGACAUGAUUCACCUUCAAUUCGAAUACUUUGGAGAACUUCUACAACAAACACUUUCCGGGUUGACGUAUUUGAAACAGUAUUUUCCUAACACUUCAUUUGAUGAGGCUUACAGCAAAUUCUGCAAUAUGGCACACUAUUUCCUCUACUAUUCAGUUAUUGUCAGUAGGCAACCACCAUCCGUAAUCGUGAAGUGCGGAGAGGCUGAAAAUCAUCGAAGGAGUCGUUUCUGGUUCAACACUGAAAUAAGAGUGUUGGGCGGUCAAGCGUUCGGUGUGGAAGCAGUUGGAGAUGGUAACGAUGUUAAGUGUUAUCUCAUAACGGACGACACUGCUAAACAACUACUCAACAACGCUUACUUAGAAAUAUUUGAAUCUGAAGAGUUUUGUAUUGAACCGCCAUCGGCAGUAUUUCAGAAGAAGGACACGAGAGGAUUGCGAGCGAAAUUCGACGACAUGCGAGUUGCGAAGAAGGUGCAGCUUCGACGAGACUCGGUAGCAUCGAAACGUUACUGCCUUUGCUAUAGUAUUCAUCUGAAAACAAAUUGUGGCCUGGAACUUGUUGGAAAAAAGGUUUCGCUUCCGUUUGCCGUUCUAGUUGGUCCGAAAUCAGAUGUCGAGGCAAGACUAUUCUUGGAAAGGUCGUUCGCUGAUCUGGUGCGACAUCCUCUUUCUGACAUUCCUUCCCAUGUUCCAUGUACAGAGAUGGCAGACGCUCUGGAAAUGAAAUUCCAGGCUAUAGUGGAGACGCCACAGAAGAACACCGAUGGACCAGCUGUCGUUCAACCGCGAAUGUUCACCAUGCAGGCCAAGCAGCACCUCAUCAAUCGAUUAAAGCCAAAUCCCCAAGGAUUCGUUGCACUGGAAAAUUUCAUGAAACUUCCUGUGGCGGAAGAGUAUCAACUUCGAAAAAAUUCUACAACGGAAGGAGAAUGGAAGCUGGUGCCUUACUUCGAUUGGUUCCUGAAAUUAGCAGAAAUAGUGAAUAAAUACCUUUACAGCAUGUGGUAUGACGGACUGGUGUUCGGGUUCUGCAGCAAAGAAGACUCAGAGAAUCUCUUACGAUGCAUUCCACGACCUGUUCUGCUUGUACGCUUUUCAGAUAUCGAAUACGCCAAGAUAAAAAUUUCCGUGAAGGAUAGAAACGGAGAUAUCCGCCAUCAUUGGUACGAACACAGCGAUUUGAAUGCACGUGUACUUUCCAAGGAAUUGCUAGUCAAUCAGCGCUUUGCACAAGUGGAUUUAAUCUAUCCGGAUAUUGAUAUGGAGGUCGCACUUGGAGGACGAGAAAAACCAAGAGUGAGAGUGCCACGGAAUCUGCAACCGGACGAAAUCUACUUCGACAAUCAAGGUGCCGCCACGUCGGCUUUUUAG